AAUUUCGCGUAACGCUGAUGUAAAUAUUCAUUGUUAAUGAUGCAUUUCUAUUUAUGGGAAUUUAAUGUUCAAAUAUCUAUUAAACGCAGAAGGUGUGUUAAAAUUGUGAAUAUUUCGAAGUGAAAAUUUUGUUCUGUUUGGAUAUAAGCUACGGACGAAAUUGGAUAUAAAAAAUAUUUGUUCAAACUUCGAAUAUUUUAAAAGUGUACAAUGAUGUCUGGGCAGAAUAUCCCGGAGAAUUUGGAUUUUAUCAGAUUUAUAAUCCCUUCUAAUUAAAGAAGGUACUGUGUUAUCCGAAUUAUUGUAGUAAACGGACUGCAAGAAAGAAAUGUGGAUCUUUCCGAAUUCCUAAGCAGAAAUGAAGAAGAAAUAAAGAAAUCAAAAGUAAUUAACCAGGAGCAAAAACAAAUCUUGUAUCCACCUUCCGGCCAGACAGCUGAUAUUUCAAACUGGGAUAUUUCCUUACUGGCAUUUUUUGCUCGUAGAUUUUUUACCACAUCGGGUUCGGAAGAUCAAAGAGCUGUAGAAAAAAUCAGGGCUUGGAGGAACAAAUACUUUCAUUCCGGAACCACCACAGUAGAUGACGGAGAUUUUGAAGAUCUAAGCAAUGUUAUAAGGACUAUCAGCCAUAAGUAUUCUCCAAGUGAGCCACCAAGAAUAGACGAGGUAAUAAAUGGUAUCAAAGAAUUAGAACUUCAUCCAGCUUUAGAACAGCUGAAGGCUCUAGACCUUAAAUUGAGUGAACGUAUAGAGGGGAUGUUUGGAGUGAUAAAUGGGCACCUUGUGACGCUACAGCGGGACAUGCAACAGACUUAUCAAGAGGUGCGUAACUUGCGAGAAGAAAUUAGAAGAGUGGCUGAACGUGAUGAUAACGAAGCCAUACUGUCUGUUUACACGAUGCAAGGAGUUGUACGUGUGUGUUUGAGAACGGAAAAUCCGGCAGCAUUAGCGAUAGUAAUGAACCACAUCCUCUCAAUGUCUCCACAACAAGCCGCUAGUAGUAACCCUGUGGGGGAGAAGGUAGCGAAUAUUUCACAAGAUAUAAGAAGUCUUGGAGGAGAGGUAGUUUCCCUUCAGGAAGGAUCAGUUAUUUUCGUCAUAAAUUGUGCCUCACUGACCGCUUUGAUGUACGUGAUAGAUUAUUUCUACAGCCCUAAGAUACGGUGUCGUCUUGAUGACAUUGUAAAAGAGCUACAGAAGAAAACUGGCCAAGACGUAGAACUUGUUGCAGACAUUCUGCCAAAAUCUCUAGAAGAGAUAUUGAAGAAGAUAAAAGAAGGAGAUAACAGUGACACAAAGAAAGAGGAAACAAAAAACAAGACCUCUCCGACCAUGAGCAAAGUCAAAGCUCUUCUGCUUAAAAGAAGAAAAUCACAGUCUGGACUCCCUUUAAGCCCGGAGCUUGGUCAGCAAACAUUUGAUCGAAAAAGAAAAAGAGACUUGUCAGAAUCGCAGAAGUUGUUGAUUAGUAUUGACAACCAUGCAAACAGGUGCAGAGAGGUGAUAAUGGAAUUGCAAGAUAUGUUUAAUAAUAAACCGGAAAACAUACGUCAGUAUCCGCAUGUAAAAGCCUGGAUAAAGGAGUUGGCAGAUAUAGAAAAGAAGCUUGAGUUCAAACCUAUGGUGAUAGCUGUGAUUGGAAAUACAGGAGAGGGAAAGUCAAGUUUGAUGAAUGCCUUACUAGAUAAGAGAGAUGUUUUGCCGACAUCAGGAAUGAAAGCUUGUACAGCAACUGUCGUAGAGGUUGUGAACAAUACAACAGAUCUCUAUGAAGCAGAAAUUGAAUUCUUGAAAGAAAAGGAAUGGUUUGAUGAAUUAAGGAAGCUUUGCAAGGAUCUUACAGAUGAAAACGGUGUUGUUACAAAAACACCCGAUCGUAAUUCCGGCAUAUACAAUUCUUACUGUAAGAUGGUUGCUUUGUAUGGAGAAAUCGACAAGUUUGACGUACUUUCCAAAAAGACGGAGUUAACAAAAUGGCUGGGACAGAUAAAACCUAUACGGGCUACAAAUCUCGAUGACUUUAAAAAGGAGGUAGAAAGCCACGUUGAAGUACAGGAACCAGGUACCGAUCACUGCUUUUGGCCGAUUGUCAAACGAGUGCGCCUUAAGUUACCCGACUGUGACGUAUGUAGCAGUGGUGCGGUAUUGGUUGAUUUACCAGGCCGGGGAGACUCGGACGAGGCAAGAAAUGCUAUCGCAAAAUCGCAUCUGGGAAAAUGUGAACACAUUUGGAUUGUGUCGAGCAUUCACAGGGCGAUCAACGACAGGACUGCGCAAGAUCUUCUUGGGGAGCAACUGCGAAGUCAGUUUUACAUGAACGGACAGCUUGGUGCAGUUUCGUUCAUAUGCACAAAGACUGAUAUGGUGAAUGCAAAGGAAUGUCACAGGUAA